UGUGUGUGACAAUGUCGAGCGGCGUCGUUGCUUUGAUACCGAUUGUGGGGGAGUACUACCCGAGCGAAGUAGAAGCGUUGCUGCGGCUGAGGGACGCUGUUGGUUCUCAGAAUUUGUACUCGAAUUGGACGGGGAUUCCUUGUAUGAACAACCAAAGCCAAUGGGGCGGCGUUGCUUGUUCCGACGGACACGUGGUCCGUCUCGUCCUCGACGGAGUCCGGCUUGCUGGAUCUCUCCCGCCGUUGGUGAUGAAGAAUUUAACCUUCCUGACUAAACUAAGCAUGAGAAGCAAUUCGAUCACCGGACCACUUCCGGAUCUCAGCGACCUUGUUCAUUUGGAAUACGUUUUCCUCUCGCGUAAUCUGUUCAAUAGUUCCAUCCCUUUUCAUUACGUUCGAUUACCGAACCUGAAGAAGAUAGAGCUGGAAGAGAAUUAUUUGCAAGGGGAGAUUCCGCCUUUCGAUCAGCAAAGCUUGGUCACCUUCAACGUCUCUUAUAAUAGACUUCAGGGUCCAAUUCCUCAGACCGAUGUGCUUCAAGGGUUCUCCGACAGCUCUUAUGAACAUAACUCCGGUCUUUGCGGCAGCCCUAUAAAGAAGCAAUGCCCGGUUCCACCCGCCCCAUCUCCGUCGCCAAAUCACGGCUGCAGAAAGAGUUUCGGAGCUCGGGAUUUGGCUUUCGUCAUCGCUGUUUCGGUCCUGGUUCCCUCCCUAGUUAUCUUGGGUUUCUUAUGGUAUUACAGGAAAGUGCAUAGAAAAGAAACAGCCAAGAACACAGGUAUGCACAAUUGGUUUGACGAGCGUUCUCCCCAAAGGGCGGCGGAUCCAGAAAGAGCGGCGGAAUUGGUGUUUUUCGACAAGAACAUAGCAGCUUUUGACAUGGAUGAUUUGUUAAGAGCAUCGGCUGAAGUUCUGGGGAGAGGGAAAUUAAGCACCACGUACAAAGCAUCAUUGGAAGCAGGCGUUGUGGUUACGGUGAAGAGAAUAAAAGACAUGAAAAGGUUGAGCAACAAGGAAUUUGUUCAGCAGAUGCAGAUGCUUGGAAAGCUUAAGCAUGAGAACCUGGUGCACAUGGUUUCUUCCUACAAUUCCAAGGAGGAAAAGCUGCUCAUCUAUGAAUUUGUGCCUGCUACCAGCUUAUUCGACUUAUUACACGAAAAUAGAGGUUCGGGAAGAAUACCGCUGAACUGGGGCACAAGACUGUCAAUAAUCAAAGAUGUAGCAAAGGCCAUGACUUACCUUCACCAACACUUACCUAACCACAAAGUUCCUCACGCAAAUCUCAAGUCUUCAAAUGUACUGAUCCAUUGCCAAGGCCAAAGCCAAAACUACAAUACCAGGGUGACGGAUUACGGCUACUACCCAUUGCUGUCGUCUCGAAAAUCGUUGGAAAAUCUGGCCAUCAGCCGAUCACCGGAAUUCUGUCAAGGAAAGAAGUUGACGAUCAAAGCCGACGUCUAUUGCUUCGGCAUUAUCGUACUGGAAAUCAUCACUGGCCGGAUACCUGUAGACGAAGGGGACGAAGAGAGAGAACUCGGCGGCGAGCUGUCGGAGUGGGUUAGAGAUGUUGUGAACAAUGAUUGGUCGACGGAUAUAUUGGAUGUAGAGAUUUUAUGUACGAGAGAAGCACAUGAUGAGAUGUUGAAGCUUACGAAUCUGGCUUUGGAGUGUACCGCCGCCGCGACGGAGGAGCGGCCUAAAAUGAGUGAAGUUUUGAGGAGGAUUGAAGAGAUUGAACAAAGAAAAAUGGCUGACCUUGUGGAGAGGUGGUCUAAGAUAGGACAAUCGUACCCGAUUCCCGUUCCGAAGCCUGGAUCUUCAUCGGAUUCGAGCGUGCCUGCUGUGACUUCUGGGAGCCCUUGUACCACAUCUGUCGCAACCGGUCCGGGUGGUGGCUUACGAAGCAGUUUUAUCGAAAGUUAUGUUGAUUCAACUUGCAAUCAUAGCAAGGAAGGCAGCACUGGAAACGUAACUAGAGGUGUGGAUGUACCUUCUAUAUCUGAUCCUGGUACUAUUGAUUCAAAUGUUGUACUUCUUUAG